AUGGACGAUGGCAAGAAAACAUAUUUUGCAUAUGGUGGCACUGGUAUCCUUCUCAGUAAUCCGGCGAUUAAAAAAUUUGUUCACAGGACUCGCGAUCAUGUGCACGGAAACUUUACCGAGCCUUCCAUUACGGAGAAAUGGGCACAGCUAGCAAAGGACGACUGCUGCGGUGAUUCAGUGCUCGGGUUUGCGCUGGCAAAUCAAGGUAUAUUCCUCUCGGGGUUGUACCCGAUGUUUAAUCCACACCCUCUUCAUGGAAUUCCUUUUGGACCAAGUGCGAAGCCAUACUGGUGUCAGCCGGGGCUCACUCUGCACAAGAGUUGGCCAAGGGCUUUACCCGUGCUUUAUGCCGACAUUGUGGACUACCUUAGUCUCGCAAAUAUAACCGAAGAACGCCAGCAUUGGCAAAAUUCAGAUUGGGCUGGAUUUGAAGAAGGGCCGGAGUCACCUGUUAAUAUAGACACGUCAGCUUGUGCCGAGGGUUGCCAUACCCACAGCGAAUGCUUUCAAUGGACAUUCUUCUCUAAAAUUUCAUGGGGCAAAGAGCCGUCAGAGCGAAAAUGCACUUUCGUCCGCUCAAUUCGACUGGGAAGUCCGAAAGACCCUGAGGUAACGUUGACCUCAAGGUCAGUUUGGACAGGUGGGUGGGAUCUAGUAAAAGUGAAGGGUUGGGUAAAUGGGGUGGAAUGCGCCGACCCCGAAUGGGUUGAGCCAAGUAUUGAGAAAAUUUAUUGA